AUGGUAUUCGAUAAGUUAAAGAAGCUCACAGGUGAUAAACCUUUGGUUCCAGCUGCACCAGCAGCCCCAGCAGGUCAAGCUCCAGAUAAAAAGACAAUCUAUAGAAAUAGAUAUAACUUUGGUGUUAAUUUUGGUUCUCAAUUCGUUCUUGAGAAAUUCAUCUUUGAUAAAUUCUUUGUUGAUAAUACUGGUACUGAAUUAGAAGCUAUUACCGCUUAUAUUAAGCAAAAUGGUGCUGAUAAUACACAAAAAGAUUUAGAAGCUCAUUGGUCAGGUUUUGCCACCGAUGAUGAUUGGAAUUGGUUGAAAAGUAAAGGUGUUAAAGCUGUUAGAUUACCAAUUGGUUACUGGCAUGUUAAUGGUGGUUCAUUUGCAAGUGGAACUCCAUUUGCAUCAAUUGCUGGUGUUUAUAAAAAUGCUUGGAAUCAUAUCAAAGAUGUUGUGAACAAGGCAAAAGAUAAUGAAAUUGGUGUCUUGGUUGAUUUACAUGCUGUACCAGGUGGUGCUAAUACUGGUGAUCAUAGUGGUCAAAAGUUAGAUAAACCAGAAUUCUGGUCAAAUAAAAAUUAUCAACAAAUUGCAAUUCAAGCUUUAGAAUUUAUUGCAAAUGAAUUUAAAGAUCAAGAAAAUGUUGUUGGUUUACAAAUUGUUAAUGAAAUUGAUUUUGAUAAUAAUCCAUCAAAUCAACAAGAAUAUUACAGAAAAGCUACAAAACAUAUUCGUCAAAUUGAUGGUAAUAUUCCAAUUAUUAUUUCUGAUGGUUGGUGGCCAGAUCAAUAUGUUAAAUGGAUUAAUGAAAAUGAACAAAAUUUAAAUAAUCAAUCUGUUGGUUUAGUUAUUGAUGAUCAUGUUUAUCGUUGCUUUAGUGAUGCUGAUAAGGCAAAAUCUCCAGAACAAAUUAUUAAAGAUCUUGAUGGUGAUGUUUUAACAAAUUUAUCAGGUCCUGCUGAUAUUAUUGUUGGUGAAUAUUCAUUAGUUUUAGAUGGUGAAUCUUGGAAUAAAACUAGCGGUGAUCGUGCUCAAUUAGUUCAUCAAUAUGGUAAUGAAUUAUCAAGAAUCUUUGCAGAAAGAGCAAGUACAGGUACUUAUUUCUGGACUUUAAAAUUUGAACAUGGUGAUGGUGGUGAAUGGGGAUUUUAUCCUUCAGUUAAUAGUGGUGCAAUUCCUGCUCAUCCAACAGGUUUAAGUAAAGUUCCAACUGAAGAUGAAUUCAAUAGUAUUUUAAAUAAUGAAUUAAAUCAACAUUCAUCAUAUUGGGAUGGUCAAAAUCCAAAUGAAAAAUAUGAACAUUGGAGAUAUCAAGAAGGAUUUACAUCUGCUUGGGUAGAUUCUCAAAGUUUUGGUCAAUUUAAUGGUUCCAAGAUUGGUAGAUUAAGUGCAUGGAAAAGUGCUAGAAGAGCUGAACAUAUUCAAAAUAGAGGUAAUUCAAAUUUCAUUUGGGAAUGGGAACAAGGUUUUGAUAAAGCUAUUUCCAUCUUUAGUCAAGUUGCAUUCCAAUGA